GUUGUUUGACGUGAAGGACACUUUAGGUCAGCAGUGGUUUAUCGCUUAUAUACUUAUAUACAAGUAGGCCAAAAUAUAUUCACCAGCGCAUACUUUUGUCCAUACUUCCUCAAUAAGCAGUAUACUCUUAGUCUGCAUGAAAGUGUAAAGUUAACAAAAAAUCACACAUCAGUGUGAGACAGAUGUUUAGCAAUUUCAUAUUCAAUGGGACUACUUACUAUCGUUCGUGCGAAGCUAUUUUCAAGAUGGCGUUACAAGUUAUGUAUUUUAAUGUACUUGGUUAUUGGAGUACUCUUCGUAAAUCUGUAUUUGGUGAAUUUUUCGAGCCGAGUUGUAUACAUCCAUCCUGAUGAAUUGAUUGAUAUGGAACACUGUCGCCUAUCGGAAAAGCAAGUUUGUUGCCCUAGUACGGAUUAUCUGGAUAUGUCGAAAUUUGACUCUGUCGAUUUUAAGAACUAUCUGGAGAUAAUUAAUACCACGAAACAGGUUUGUGAGGGAAGCUGGAAACCGAGAUGUUCUUCCUCACAAAAGAUAGCUGUCAUUAUACCUUACAGGGACAGAGAAAAGCAUUUAAAAUUAUUACUACCCAGAAUUCACGCUCUUUUGCUGAGACAAAACAUGCCAUAUUAUGUCUUUGUAAUUGAACAAGCAGGGAAAACACCUUUCAACCGUGGUCUGCUUCUUAAUGUUGGGGUUUUACAUGCGUUGGAUAUUGAUCCGAGUAUAAAUUGUUUCAUCUUUCAUGAUGUUGAUCUUUUGCCUGAAAAAAGUGAAAAUCUUUACAUCUGUGAUACAGAAUUACGACACUUAUCGCCUGCUAUUGAUGACUUCCGGUAUCAUCCACCAUUCAUCAACUAUGCAGGUGGAGUCGCUGCAAUGACGAAAAAGAACAUACUAAAGAUAAAUGGAUUUCCAACACGUCAUUGGGGUUGGGGCAGUGAAGAUGAUGAGUUUUCAGCGCGUGGUUUAAUCUAUAAUUUAAAGUUAACUAGACCUCCGGAAUCUAUUGGACGUUAUAAAGCACCAAGACAUAAAAAAGGAUCUAUGUCUAUUGGACAUCAAAGUGCAUUUUUACAAUUUCGUAGUUAUUUACAUGAUGGUUUUACCCUGUUAACAGAGAAAUUUUAUCAUGAUUGGAAGUUAGAAUCAUUACGUCGUCAAACUAAAAAGUAUACAUUGAAUAAAUCAGAGAAGUUUAAAAUUCCUGCCUUUUUAAAUAAAUGUACGCGCCAAAAUAUUCUAUCCCAUUUAAAUAUUAAUAUGAAUUCAGUAGAAAUUGUACAUAACCUUAGUGCAUUAUCUUCUUCUAAUUUUGAAUUACUCAAUCAAUUUGCUCGUGAUGAUUUAUUUAUUCACUUUAUAUUUGAUCCAGUUGAUUUUUAUAUUCAAAGUAAGUCGUUGUUAAAACCGAAAGGUAAUUAUACAGCUGAAUCGUUAUGGUGGUUCCUUCACUUUUAUGGAUGGAUAUAAGGUGUAUCUUUAUUCAUUUAUUCAUUCAUUCAUCUGUCUUUUUGAAGAUUAAAAGAUCAAUUUCGUCUUGAUACUUCGUGUACAGUAACUUCAAUACUCACCUUCUUUCCUAUUCUUUAUUCUUAUGUACUUUGUAAUUAUAUUCUAAUGUGAUCGAUUUUGUAUAUUUAUCUCCAUACUAGCUAACACCCAGUUGGGGUGGCGGUGCUAUGCAGUAUGGGAAUAUACUCUUUCGGAGAUUUAAGUUGACGAAAUGAACGCCUGCUAUUAUUACACUUUUCUCUUCAAGCCAUGUAUUCAACUGAAAUCCUGCCUCUGUACACAAUAUGUUUAUAUAAUUUGUAAAGGAAUUACUUAUUUUGGUUAUUGUUCUUCUUGGCAGUUAUUACUAUUAUUAUUAUUAUUCUUUUAGGUUCCGAGUGGAACCUACAGUGGGCUUCAAACUCGCUUCUUCAUUUGUUUUGAAUUAGCCACAUGAUUGCCUAUGCGCUUUCGUUUCCGCCUCACACCAUCUCCUCCAGUGUGUCACUCUCAGAAACACACCCAACUUGUCGUUUUACAUUCGGGUUUCGCUAGGGGAAGUGGUGUGCAAUAUCACUAAACAGUUUCCUCAUUGUGUAUCCGAUCAAUCUGCAUUUUCGUUGGUAUAUUUAUUGAGCAAUGGAUUCAUGGUUGGUUCGUUGACUGACCAUCUGAUCUUCAGUGUUGAGCCAGAGAAGUUGGCAUCUGUUGAUAAAAGUCUAGAGCCUGUUCUAGAUGCUCUGUUCCUGACAUCGAGUCUCAAAAUCAACAGGCUAGCGGAGAGAGACUUGUACGUAAACCUCUGGGAUAACAUUCUCAUCACAUGUCCAAGCCACCGAGGUCGGUGUUACCAGAUGACGACACUCAAUGAAUGGUGAUCUCCACUGUGUUUAAACUUACGCCGCCAAACCUCAGAAUUACUCACACGAAGAUGCUAUGGAACGCAAGCAAUCCUGAGGGAACAGCAAUGAUCGAAUACGCAGAGUCGCCGCAAGUCUUCAGCUCGGAGAGGCUAGGUUUCACAGGCAAGACAACCCGCACCGAAGUAUUGUAUACCUGACAUUUGACAGCCAGGCUGACGUCGCGACGGCGUCAGAGAUGGCUCAAUUUAACGUGUGCCACCCUAGCUUUCAUGAUGCGGUUGGAAAUAUCAUCUGUUACCUGUGGAAACUUCAAAGUUCAAGUUUGAAGCUGUAUGCUCCGUUUGUAGCUCAAAGGAAGUAAAGAAACUCGUUAAACAGUGAAGAGUAGAUGCAAAAAUACCAGGAAUCAUCAAUAUUAAGUAAAAAUUCUUUCUCUUUUGUAUGUAUUUAUCGAAAGUGUAGAUAUAAUAACAUUU